AUGACGACAGAACCCGGUGCUAAGCAGCAACCUUUCAAGGUCAUAGUAGUAGGAGCCGGACUGGGUGGGCUUGCUGCCGCGAUCUCAUGUCUACGCGGAGGAUGUGAAGUGACGAUCCUCGAACAAGCACCAGCAAUAUCACCUAUAGGUGCCGGCAUACAGAUCCCACCGAACGCAGCACGCGUGAUCCAGCAUUUCGGCCUCGAGCAGAAGCUCCGAGACGCUGGCGCCAUCCAGAUCAACGCGAACCAUCUAAAACGAUACAAGGAUGGCAAGAUCCUGUGCAGCAGGAUAGGUGGAGAGAAGAUGGUCCGAGACUUCAAUGGUCCGUGGUACGUGAUCCAUCGAGCCGAUUAUCAUGGCGUGAUGCUGGACGAGGCGGUCCGACUCGGGGCUCAACUCCGACUGAACUCCAAGGUGGUCGAUAUCAAGUCUUCUGACGCGCCGCAAGUCGUGCUCGAAGGAGGAGAAGCGAUCACCGCAGAUGUGAUAGUAGGCGCGGACGGUCUUUGGUCCGCAACUAGAGACGUGGUCCUAGGACAGCCUUCGCCACCAGUGCCCACGGGAGACCUGGCGUAUCGUGGGACCUUCUCCAGAGCACAACUUGAGGCUUUCCAGGAUCCGAGUAUCGACGAGCUCAUCAACUCGCGCUGCACCUAUAACUGGAUCGGCCCUGAUCGCCAUAGCGUGUUCUAUCCCGUGAAGAACAGCACGGCGUUUAACCUGGUUUUGAUCCGGCCUGAUGACCUGCCCGCAGGCUCUCGGACAGCAGCCGGCGAUGUCGACGAGAUGAAAAUGACAUACGAAGGUUGGGACCCGGUACUCACAAAGAUCAUAUCAUGCCAUAGCACCGUGUUGAAGUGGAAGUUGUGCCACCAUGAAGAGCUCCGCACGUGGGUCAAGGACAACAUCGUGCUCAUAGGCGACGCCUCACACCCCAGUCUGCCCUAUCAAGCGCAGGGCGCCGCCAUGGCGGUAGAAGACGGACUGGUCCUCGGUCUCUUGCUCGGUCGUCUUCUAACCACCGAGAGAUUGCCCCGAGGUGACCAAGACAAGCGCGCGCACAUCAACUCGAUCCUGCUCCUUUUCGAGUCGUUGCGGAAGAAGCGCACCACCACGAAUGUCAAAGGAGCGAUCGCAAACCGAUAUAUGUUCCACAUGCACGACUCGCCAGAACAAGAGGCGAGGGACAGAGAACUAGCACAGGCGGACUGGGUCAAGCCGUCGCGGUGGAUCUGGGCCGACGUCGGAUAUCAGAGGAAGAUGCUGGGCUUCGACUCGGUCGCUGACACGAAUAGGGCGUUCGAGGUGUGGCUUUCGGGGGAGGGCAAAUAG